AUGAUAAGUAGUACUAAUAAUAAAUCCAAUCAAAGCGAAACAUUUGCUCCUUUAUAUGAAGUGCUUUUAUAUAAGAAGAAGGAUAUAAUAGCAAUUCAGAAAAAACUUGGUAUUAACAGUAAUAUAAAUCAAACAGCAGUGUCGGAGAGCAAGAAAGCGAAAAAACUUGAUGAUUCAUAUAAAUUGUUGUUCGAAUUGGUGGGGGAUUUAAUGCCUAUACAGGGAAAACUUGGUAUAAAUAUCAAUCCCGUUUUAGAAGCAGAACUUAGAAGGGAUAAAGCCUCUUCAGAUAAAUCAAUUAGAUUAUUUGAUUUGCUUUUAUUCUUAGAAGACGAUAUAGCGACAAUUCAGGAAAAAAUCGGCAUUGUUGGCUAUAAUAAUCAAGAAAUGGCAGAAGAAGCCGAUAAAAAUGCGAGAGUGUACAUCCGAAAGUUUGAGAAGUUCCACGGUCCCUUAGAAGAUAAUCUAGCUGAAGAUAAGGCGUUAUAUCCUGCCUUAUUCGUUUCUAGACUCUGGUCUAUGUGUUCCGGCUCAAUUUUAUGGCGUCGCAUCGAAUUGAUAGGGGGUGGGGGUGCCUUUGGCGAGAAAUAUGAAAUACAAUUGAAAAAGUUUUUAAAGAUAGUACGCAAAAAUUCAAGACUAACUUAUGGCUCAAGU